AUGGAUAUCGACGUUAGAUAUAAACAACACUCAAACGGACGUGGCUCAGUCUGGACACGUAGAUAUCGACCAACCGGAAUCAAAGAGUUGGUGAAAACCAAGAAUAAACAUUUGGAAUUAAUGAAAACCCUUGAAUAUAUUAAUAGAUAUGGCAUCAAUAAUGUAAGAGGUAAGCCUUAUUGUAAAGAGGAUAUAUCAGAAUUUUUAGGGAAGAUUCGUUACCAAUUGUCACAACAAUGUUACCUCUGUGGUAGAUAUGGUCAUGUUGCCAAUAAAUGUAUUUGUGACAUAUGUUGUAGUCGUGAUCAUCUUACUGAGCAAUGCAAUAAUUGUCCAGAAUGCGGUGGACUCGAUCACGUUGCUACUGAAUGUUAUAAUUGUUUCAAAUGUGGUAGACGUCAUUCUUCUGAAAAUUGUAAUAGAUGUUACAUAUGUGGUGAACGUGAUCAUUUGCAAUAUGAAUGUGAAUAA